AUGUCAACAGUCGAUUCAUUCGAUAUAUAUUAUCCAAUAUCAUGGAUUAAAACAACGACAGAUCUCGUUCUCAAUUUAUUUAGUAGUCCUCAAAAAACGAAACGUUCAUUACCUGAAGAAGCCGAAUGUGGCUCUGUCGAUGGCAUUAGAUGUUGGCUUCGCGAAGGCGCAGAUAUUAAUGCACCCGAUGCAUAUGGUUAUACACCACUGAUGAAUGCUGCUAUGCUUGGUCGACUUGACGUUGUUAAAGCAUUAAUUGAAUAUGGAGCCGAUAUACAGAGAAAAGGUCAAUUUGGUUAUACAGCUUUGCAUGCUGCCGCUCAAAGUGGACAUUUAGAAGUUGUACAAGCCCUUGUCAAAUAUGGAGCAAGCGUGAAUUGUAAAAAUGAUGAUGGUGAUAUUCCACUUAUUCUUGCUGUUCGUGGAACACAUGCAGAAAUAAUUGAUUAUUUGCUUAAAGCUGGUUCUGAUAUACAUCAAAAUGGUUGGCUUGGACAAUCAGCAGUUCAUACAGCUAUUGCUAAUGGAGAUCAAGCAACAGCUGAUACAUUAUUAAAUCGUGAAAUGAUGAUUGGAUGUUCAUGUUCCGAAUCACAUCGUCAUGCACGUGAACAUCUUCGACAAGCAUCAUCAUGUUCAGUUGAAGAUUAG